AUGGCAUCUGCCUUACCGCCCUUCGCUCCCUUCGAAGCCGCUGGUGAAACCUGGGAAGGUUUCAUGGAGCGAUUCGAAUGCUAUUUAAUAGCAUCUAAGAACCACAAUCAACCGGAGGCAGAAAAAUGCAGCUUCUUUUUGAGCUGUUGCGGACCCGCGAUGUUUGUGUCUGCCAGGGCUUUAGCCGCACCGCGGCCUGUAUACCAGCUCAGCUGGGACACACUAAUGUCCCGGCUGAAAAAUCACUACGCCCCGGCACCCUCUCGCAUUGCUCGCCGCUUCGCGUUCCGCCGGUGCAUUCAGAAGCCAGCGGAAAGCAUCAGCCAAUUUCUGGAGUCGCUCCGCGUAACGGCGGCCCAGUGUGACUUCCAGAAUUUGGAUGAAAAUCUGGUCGAGCAAUUUGUGUGUGGGGUGAAGGACAUUAACUUGCGAAGCCGCCUCCUGCGACACCCCGACAUCACGAUGCAGCAGGCCGUGGAAUCUGCCAGAGCAGCUGAACUGUCUGAGCAGUCCACGGCCAAUAUGCAAUGCCUGCAGCUCUCCUUGCCUCCUCCUCCAAUGCUGCCUGGAUGCCCUCCACCUGCCACACAAGCCUGCCUCAUGGACAAGUUGGUGCCACCCAAAGACCACUGCUCUGAAUUAGUUGGCCAGCUCCGGGGGCAGCCUAGGCACCCUCCACCACCUCCUCCAGUUGCCCCUGCCACGACCGGUUGUAUGGAUUGCGGUGGUCACCAUGCCCGCACAGCUUGCCCCUUCAAAGGGACAGUCUGUCGCCGUUGCAAGAAGAAGGGCCACAUUGCCCAGGUUUGCCGUGCCUCUCUUCCUGCACCAUCUUUCCUGCAACAGCCUGCCGCUUCACAACUGCAGCCGUGCUGCCAGCCGCCGCUGGGUGGGCUGAAGAUUGCCACACCGUCUACCAGCCGGAGAUCGUCGGUGAAACAGGUGGAGUUCUUGGGUUUCUUGAUUGACGGCCAAGGAAUAGACCCUACACCUGCAAAGGUGUCAGCCAUCAGGAAUGCCCCCACUCCCUCCUCCAAGGCGGAGCUGCAGGUGUUCCUGGGGCUUUUGAAUUUUUAUGCGCCAUUCGUGCCGCAUAAGUUGUCACUAGUCGAGCCGCUGCAUUGGUUGCUUGACCGAUCCGGGGGCUGGCACUGGGGCAGCUGCAAAGCGCAUGCGUUCGCGGCUGUCAAAGACACGCUUACGUCAGCGGCUGUCUUAGUACAGUAUAGCGACAAACUGCCGCUGACGUUAGCCUGUGACGCCUCCCCCUACGGUCUGGGGGCGGUUCUGAGCCAUGUCCUCCCAAAUGGCUCAGAGGCCCCCAUGGCUUUUUACUGCCGGACACUCUCCUCAGUGGAGCGAAACUACAGCCAGAUAGACAAGGAGGCUCUGGCUGCAGUGUCCAGGGUUAAAAAGUUUCACGACUAUUUGUAUGAUCGGCACUUUACUCUUGUCACUGACCAUAAGCCUUUCCUUGGGCUUUUGGCAGGCGACAAGCAGACCCCCCCCAUCCUCUCUCCCAGGAUGAUGCGCUGGACGGAGUUCCUCGCAGCAUAUUCCUAUACGCUGCUCUACCGUCCUGGCAAGCAGCUAGGGCAUGCUGAUGUCCUUAGUUGUUGCCUCCUGCCGGAGGAUGACCCGACCCCGGUGGCCGCCCUCUCCAUCCUUUUGAUUGCUUCCUCCAGCCUGCCCUUCUCAGCCGUGGACGUCGCGGCCCAUACUAAGGCCGAUCCAAUCCUGGCCCAAGUCUGCUCAUGGGUUUUAAGGGGAUGGCCCUUGGGGAAGGUAGCCGACUGCUUCCGGCUGUUUAAAGCCCGGCAAGCGGAACUGUCCCUUCACGGCGGCUGCCUCAUUUGGGGGGAUCGGGUAGUGAUCCCUGUGGUGUUGCGGACCCAGGUCCUGCCUCUGCUCCACAAAGACCACCUCAACCACCCCGGCAUAGCGCGGAUGAAGGCGUUAGCCCGCAGCUAUGUCUGGUGGCCUUUGCUGGACUCAGAGAUCACAGCCUACGUUGGCCGCUGCAUUACCUGCCAGCUCUCCUGGCCUAACCCCCCAGCCAGGCCUUCUCGAGAGUGGGAGGCUCCGAGAGGCCCGUGGUCCCGCCUCCACAUAGAUUUUGCCGGCCCCUUCCAUGGCCAGACAUUCCUGAUUGUGGUAGAUGCCUACACUCGCUGGGUGGAACUGGUCCUCAUGACCUCCACCUCAGCUGAGAGUACGGUCAGGGCCCUUCGCCGCUUGUUCGCAACCCACGGGUUGCCGGAUGUAAUCGUUUCUGACAACGAGCCCCAAUUUACUUCUACCACAUUUCAGGAAUUCCUGGCCUGUCAGGGAAUCCGGCACGUGCCCACAGCCCCAUACCACCCGGCCUGCAAUGGCCGGGUGGAACGGGCGGUCCACUCAGCCAAGGAGGCACUGGGCCGCAUGGACCGGGGUGACUGGCAGACAAGGGUUGCAGCUUACCUGCUAAGCCAACACUCCACCCCCUGCCCAACCACCAACAAAAGCCCCGCAGAGCUCUUGAUGGGCCGGCUCCUGUGGACCCCCCUGGAUAGAUUUCACCUGUUCUAUUCAGGGGAUCAGCCGUGCAACCUGGGGGUUACCCCUCCCCGAUCCUUCCGUGUGGGGGACUUGGUUUGGGCCCGGUCAUUUUCAGGGGAUCCGAGGUGUGUGGCUGCUGUUGUAGUAUCCAUAAUCGGCCCCUGUUCCUACAGGGUCGGACUGGCCGAUGGAUCCGAGUGGAGGCGCCACAUGGAUCAACUAAGGAGGCGCCUCCCUGCAGUGACCGGCGGCCCGAGGGAUCCAGGGCUCGACAACACAGCUGCCUGCCAGCCGGUCCCAACAUUCCAGGUCUUUCCCCAGGCAGGCCUCUCCUACCCUCUGACUCAAGAGUUGUUUGCUCCAGUUGAGCCUCCUCAAGCCGACAAGGCGCAGUUCAAAAGGGCCUUCCCCAGUUCAGGCCCUACCUACCAAGGCGCCCCCUGUUGGCAAGCGCCUCAGCAACCUCAACCUGAAACGGUUUUCCCACCAAGCUACACUCCUUUGCCAGUCGCCGCCUCCCGGCAACGUGAAAUUCCCCCUGUGGCCGCGCCCCCUCAGCCCGGCCUACCUGGUUCGUUCAGCCCGCCUUCUGGGCCGUGCAAAGAUGGCGUCGCUUGGAGCUCCAAUCCCUGUGGGGAGGAGCUACCACAAGCAGGUCUUACCCCUCCGACGACUGCAGGUGAACUGCGAAGAUCUGGGCGGGUCCGGUACCGCCCCGCCUACCUAGAGGACUACGCAUGCUCCAAUCAGGGGCAUGCGCUCUAA